UGACCCUGCGCUGCCCAGGCUCCUGAGUGCAGCUGCUGACUGCUCAUCCCUUGCGCAAGCUAACAGCUCACAGCCACAAACACCAUGAAGCUGUCCCUGUGUGCCCUGCUGGUCGCUCUGGCCCUUUGCUGCUACCAGGCUGAUGCCACCAUGACUUGCCCAGCUCUUGCGGGAGAAAUGAGUGCAUUUGUCGUCGGCUCAGAAACUGCCUUUAAAAUAUUCAUUGCUCAAUUUAAUAUACCUAAGCCUGCUGCAGAGGCCAAGAUGCUUUGGAAGGCUUGCCUCAAUGAAGCCCUGCCCCUUAAAAAGAGAGCUCUAAUUGCAAAAACUUUGAUUAAAAUUCUUGCGGCCUGCAAGAAUGAAUAAUAAUAAGUCUUCUAAGUGUCAUCUAUGACUUACAAUGAUGUAAUGAAUUUCAAGAAAAUGUCAAGGUUUCAAUCUCUCUUCUAAUAAAUUACUUGCUCAGCACA